AUGCCGUCAUCAACGUUGCAAUGUGGCCUCGUCCAAGCCCUUGUUUUGUGGCCAUUCCUCCUCCUGCUACUGCCGCGCAUCACCCAAGGCAAAUCGGUGUUUUCCGUGAUCCGAGACGUAACCGAGCUGAGCAACUUCACACGGGCUUUGCAGCUGGCUGGCAUGGAUGCAGUCCUCGACGACGAAGCACAGCAAUUCACUGUUUUCGCUCCUUCCAAUGACGCCAUUGACAGAGAUCCUGUCUUUUCCACGUACAUGAGUGAGGAUGGCUGGUUUCAUCAUUUAAGGACCAACCUUCAGUUCAUGAUUGUACCGAAUCAAGCUCUUUCAGACGAAAUGAUCUUUGACGGUUUCACAAGCGACCUGGUGACAUUGAAUGGAACGCUGGCAAUAUCACAACCGUUUGCAACCGUCAACUUGGUACAAACGCAGAUUCCCAACUUGUCUGGGGCAACAAAUGGAGUGGUCCAUAUCAUGAGCGGAGUCAUCAAGAAUUACUGGAGAGAAUACACGCUGAGAGAUGAUGUUGAUCAACUGGAUGAGUUGGAGGAUGGAUUGUCUCCGAUUCUAGAUCGUCUUGGCUUUGACGAUCCGCUCAAUGAGUUUGUCGAAUCGGGCACGAGCUGGAUUGCUGCCCGAAACAGGGGUUACGGCGACGAUUCCAUUGCUCUGGGUUUUAAUGAUAUUGUGCAAGAGCUCACCAACCCCAACAAUGUCGAGUUCCAGUGGGAGGCUUACCUCUACAACCUUGUGGAUUUCAACCUUUAUGAGCAAGAUGUCCAACGUGGUCUCCAACUCUUGGUCAUGCCCCGGGCUGGUGUGGCUCACAUGUGGAUCACAAAGGACAACGACGCAGGAAUACUUCGGUUCAAUGAUGCUAUUUUAGACCGACAAACACUGGCCGACAAUGGUGUGACCCAGAUUGUCACGAAACCGCUGGUGCCUCCGGGAAUGGCAAUGCUCCUGCAAUACACUGCUGAUUUCACGACCAUCAAUGUGAGAGACAUGGCGACGUACUUUUCGGAAUCUGGGUGGAAUCUGCGGGACAUGACCCAGUCAAUUGGUGUCAAUGGCGGCGGUUUGAACAUGUUUGUUCCUCUCCAGGACGGAUUCGGGGCGUUCAAUAUUGAAGUGGCGGUUCGUCUCUCCACCUUGGAAUGGCAGAGACAUUUGUGGGAUUUUCUCAAGCACACCAUGGCGGAACCAGCCCGCACAACGGAACGAUGGUAUGAGGUCGUCCAGGAGGCGGGGGGCACGUUGGCAGUGGAAAUGCUCAGCGGGUUCAAUACUACAUUUGUGAUUGACGAUGAUGGUGACUUGACGAUUGAUGGAGCAAGGUUGUUGAAACCCGACGAUUUGAAGGGAGUCGACGGGUACAUUCACUUUGUUGAACAGGUUCCUCUGCCGCCAUCGAUUCUCCUGACGGUGUAUGAUCAAAUCCAACAAAACCCACAAACGAGCACUGCAACCAGGCUGUUUGAUGCUGCCCAAUUCGGCGAAUUCAUCGACAGCUUGCUUCCCAUGACACUCUUUGCUCCAGUCAACAGUGCUUGGGAUGUCAUCAUCCCCUUUUUGGAAAUUCCAGAUGUGCUAAAGAAUUUCAUGUUUCAACUACUCUGGUUUGACGACUACUUGGCAGAUAUGGAUGGAGAGAACAUAACAUCUGCAAAUGGGAAGAAGUGGAACAUCCAAGUCAUUGAUGACCCCAACGGGCAUGCCCUCUCCUAUGCUCCAGAGAGAAACCCUGUAAAGAUCUAUAUCAGCAACGCCGAAGGGCCAAAAGGCUUGACAAACUGUUCGGUUGUGCCUGGCCCGAAACAAACCAACAUUCUCGCGAGGACAGGAAUCAUCCAUUAUAUUGAUUGCCUUUUCCUGGAUUUCAACUACACCAGGGUCGACCCCUUGGCUCCGACGUUUGCCCCCGUGACUGUAAAUCCGCCACCUGCGUUUACAACCUCACCUGAAACUUUCACGAGUGUCCCGACCAUGGAUACGACUAUGGCCAGCAGUGUGAGUUCUUCGCUGGGGGCUUCAACAGACCAAUCUUUUGAAGCUACCGGUACCAUGGAUCAAUCAGUCCUAGAGGAAGUGGCAGUUUUGGCUCAGGAAGCAGAGGCAAAGAGGCCGAAGUCCCCGGUUUCUCCCGGCACCCUCCGAAAACGUGCUGAUGGUGCAAGGUACUAA